CAAAUCCUUCGUCUUUGGCAUUUUCUCUCCUCUUCUUCAGCAGCAAACUACUCACUGACAAAAAGAGUUUUUCUCAAACCAGAUUCGUGAAAAUCAGUCGAAAAAAGAAAUUUGCUGACAGAUUCAUUUCUAGAAGGCAAACCUAGGUAUCGUGUUGCCUUUGCAAGGACGACAUGAGGGGCUCAUCUCCUACUUCAAUGGAGCCCAGAUAUAGGCUCCCCUUCAACAAUGAGGAUACAAGCAGAAGGAGGUCUCUAAGGAGUAGAGUGCCGAAGGAUGGGGAUAAGUCUCUUUACGGUUACGGCCUUGAUCGGAUAUUAAGCUGCAAGUUCCCUACACUGAAGCUUGUGAUGGCCAUUAUCACUAUUGGUGCAUUUUUCACUCUCCUAUGUUCUCCGUCGAUUCAUGAAACAGAUCAUAUGUCCAGCUCUCAUUCUAGGUCGAGCUCGGUAGAUAAAUGGAUAAGGGACAAAUUCGGGAUAGACCAAAGCUAUUCGUCUCAUUUAGACAUAAACUGGGGCGAAGUUUCUGUUGUGAUCGGGAAAUUAACCGACAGGGACAGUUACAAAGGAAUAGGGCUGUUAAAUUUCAACGAACAUGAAAUCGACGAGUGGAAGCAGUUAUUGCCCGAUACCGAGCACGUCGUACUUGCCAUGGACUACGUCUCGCCUAAUAUCACUUGGGAAACACUGUACCCCGAAUGGCUGGACGAGGAAGAGGAAUUCGAAGUGCCAACCUGUCCUGAUCUGCCCAGAAUCAGCUUUGCUGGCAAACCGCGAUUGGACCUUAUAGCGGUGAAGCUUCCAUGCAAUAAAUCGGGCAAGUGGUCGAGGGAUGUGGCUCGUCUGCACCUGCAGCUGGAAGCUGCCAGGCUGGCAGCUACCGCCAAGGGGAACCACUCCGUGCAUGUUCUUCUCUUAACCGAAUGUUUCCCUAUCCCGAACCUGUUCACUUGCAGAGAGCUGGUUGUGAGGGAAGGUAACGUGUGGCUUUAUAAGCCGAGUCUGAGUAAAUUGAGAGAGAAGGUCCGCCUACCUGUCGGGUCGUGUGAACUCUCACUUCCUCUAAAUGCUGAAGAAAAGUCUUACUCGGGCAGCAACCCGAAGCGCGAGGCCUACGCAACAAUCCUUCACUCGGCCCACGCGUAUGUGUGUGGGGCCAUCACGGCAGCACAGAGCAUCCGCAUGUCGGGAUCAUCUCGUGACCUCAUCGUCCUCGUCGAUGAUGCCAUCACCCCACAUCACCGUGCCGGCCUGGAGUCCGCCGGCUGGAAGGUCCAUCCCAUCCUCCGCAUUCGCAACCCCAAAGCCGAGCCCGAAGCCUACAAUGAGUGGAACUACAGCAAGUUCCGCCUCUGGCAGCUCACCGAAUAUGACAAGAUUAUGCCAGAGAUUUCUGCCACGGGGAACAACGCCACGCUCUUCAACUCGGGCGUGAUGGUAAUUGAGCCUUCGGAAUGCACGUUCCAACUCCUGAUGGACCAUAUAAACGAGAUCGAGUCGUACAACGGUGGGGAUCAAGGCUACCUCAACGAGGUCUUCACGUGGUGGCACCGAAUUCCGAAGCGUAUGAAUUUCUUGAAGCAUUUCUGGGAAGGGGACGAGGAUUGGAGGAAGGAGAUGAAGACCCGAAUGUUCGGUGCCGACCCGCCCGUGCUCUACGUGCUCCACUACCUGGGGCUCAAGCCCUGGCUUUGCUUUCGGGACUAUGACUGUAACUGGAAUGUGGAGCUGCUGAGGGAGUUCGCAAGUGACGUGGCGCACGCGACGUGGUGGAGGGUCCACGACGCGAUGCCGGGGGAGCUGCAGAGGUACUGUUUGCUGAGGUCGAAGCAGAAGGCGGCGCUCGAGUGGGACCGGAGGCAGGCUGAGAAGGGGAACUUUAGCGACGGGCACUGGCGGGUGAAGGUGAAGGACGAGCGGCUGAGGACGUGUUUCGAGGAUUUUUGCUUCUGGGAGAGUAUGCUGUGGCAUUGGGGGGAGACAAAUUGGACGGAUAAUGGGACGGCGGGUGGGGUCCAGUUGACGCCUCCGGGGAAAAAGACGGUUUCAUUACUCUCUUCUGUGUAAUUUUUGUU